GAAAGAGAAAAGAGGACGUUGCCAGCAACGAAGACACAAGAAACGCUCUCAACAUUCAGCAGCGCAAUACAGAGUCAAAACCAUGCCGCGGUCGUUCCUCGUCAGGAGUAAAAAGGCUCACCUGCUCAGUCCAUCCAAGGACUCCUACAGACAAAACUCCCAGGUCCAAAAAGACGACAAUCAGCCUGUGCAAUAUGCGACGGGACAGGACAUGAGGUGUCCUGAGGACGCUGUGAGGUCUUUGUCCCCCAUGUUAGGGGUCAAAGACUUGCUGGAUGAGACCUGCUCACCAUGGGAUGGGUUGGCAGUCAGUUCUCACAGGGCCGCCACAGAUGAUCCUUGGCGUUCAGCCCCCACGGAGAACAAAGAUGUCCCUCUGCCGGUCUCGCCUUGGACGGCGGACAGACACCAGGCAUCUCAACGAGAGAGACAACUGGAGGGACUGGUCUACAUGUUACUCAACCACACAUCGCACACUGACCUCAAAUCCCCCGUCAGCGAGUGUCCACUCUGUGAAAAGUCUCUUUCAGAAGUCUUAAUAUCAGGAGGUGGCCUGCAGGCUCAAAUCCACAACACCCUCUCUUUCCCAUUGACAAGAUCACCGACCGCCACCGACAUGCCCCUCAUGCCUUUUGGCUUCAGAGCGAUAGGCAGCUACGGUAGAGCUAAGGAGCGUAGCUUUGACUGCAAAGUGUGCGGGAAGGUGUUUAAGCGCUCAUCCACCCUGUCCACGCACCUCCUCAUCCACUCGGACACGCGGCCCUACCCCUGCCAGUACUGCGGCAAAAGGUUCCACCAGAAGUCGGACAUGAAGAAGCACACCUUCAUACACACGGGUGAGAAACCGCAUGUGUGCAAAGUGUGCGGUAAAGGAUUCAGCCAGAGCUCCAACCUCAUCACCCACAGCCGAAAGCACAGCAGCUACCGGCCGUUCAGCUGCCCCGGCUGCCAGCACAGCUUCCAGCGCAGGGUGGACCUACAGCGCCACCGAGAGACGCACUGCGGCUAUGCAGACGUGUAUCCUCAGAGCUGAGAACAUGAGGCAAUGGAGGAAUGGGGAAAUAGAAUUUGUAAAUAAUUUUCAAUCCAUCAUAAUUGUAAAAGUCAGAAUGGUAACACCUUGCGUAAUAAAAACCUGAUUGAU